ACGGACAUUACUGAUAAAAAUCAUACUUUUAAGGAUGAGUUGAGUAAAUCAACCCUAUCUGCCCAGCAGGAGCUAGGUGGGGUUAAACUUGAAGAUCUACAAGGACCUGAAGCUCUGUUUGAACCAGGGAGUAAGGAUGGGCAGACUAGGAUGGUUCGGGAUGGCACUCAAGUAUCAGUUCAUGCUUGGUCAAUGUCGGAACAGAAGUGGAACAAGAUCGGCGAUGUAGUUGGAGCUGCUGGGGGAUCAGAGGCGACUUCAGGGAAAAAGCUCUAUCAGGGUAAAGAGUACGACUAUGUAUUUGAUAUUGAGAUAGAUGAACCCAAAUCUACCCUAAAACUACCCUUUAACAUCAGUGAUGACCCCUAUAUGGCCGCCCAGAAGUUUAUUCACCAGUAUGAUCUAAGUCAAUAUUAUCUAGAAGAGAUCGCUGGACACAUUAUGAAGAAUACUGGUGGACAAACAUUAGGGUUGGGAGCUGGUGGUAAUGUCGAUCCCUUUACCUCUGGUGGCUCCUACACUACCCAGGGUCUAGAACAGUUAAAUCCUUCAGGAGGUGUGGCAGUAGAUCCAUUCACAGGCUCUGGAGCCUACACGUCUGGAAGUGGUGGUGGAGAUAUCCCAGUAUUAGGUGUUAAUCCUCCCCCUGAUCCCUGGAUGCAGGGUGCAUACACAACUUCACAGGCAAACGGAAUGGAUGUUGAUACUCCAAACCCAUAUUUCCCGCACACAGAGUUUAUCAGGUUUGACCAAGCUCUUAAAGCUGAACCAUUGAUCAACAAACUGAAGGAGUUUAAUUCUAAGGUUGAAUCUGAGCUCAAACUUGAAGAUUCAGUUAUAGAAGUUUUACCAAACCUGGCUUUGUCGGAGAACAAGGAUCCUGAUGGAGUAGCAAACCUACUUAAGGUAUUGAGAUGGAAGGAUGAGUAUAUAUUCCCUGCUCUGGAUCUAGUUCGUCUGGUUCUCCUACAUCCACACAAUCAGUCCUUUGUCCUGGAUAAGAGCUUCUUGGACCAGUUAUUCAGUGUGUGUCUUAGAAAUGUAAACAAAGAUUCUCCACAACCCACACAGAUGCUCUCCUUGCGAGUACUGUCUAAUCUCUUCUCUAUAAAUCAGGGAGAAGAGUUCUUGAUGCUGUACAGAGAAUCUGUUGUUACAAGAAUAUUUGAACAUUUGUUUCCUGUAGCGGCAGAGAACAAGAAUAUUCAGAUUGCUGCAACAACUGUGAUGCUCAACUAUACUGUAGCACUGUCUAAACGACCCUUGGAUGAAGACGGUCAAAUUCAGGCCUUGUCUGUGCUUGGCGUCAACUUUCUAACAUUUUUAACAGAUUGGGAAGCUAGGUUUAGAACCCUGGUAGCUCUUGGAACCUUGAUCAAAUUAUCACCAGACAACCAGGAAUAUGCAAAAAGUUUGGAUGUAUGUGGUAGUGUACGAGGAUGGAAGAUACUGGACGGACCGGACAAGGUUUCCAGCUGUGCAACAUUCAUCAUCGAGAUGCUCUCAUGAUCAUCCAAAUAAACUACGACCACGUUUUCUCAUAAUCAUUCAUUUCAACUAUAGCAGACCAUGUUUUCUAAGAUUUUUGUGUUAAAAUAAAUUAUGUUUCCCAGU